GCAGUUCCUUUGCAUUGGAUAGUGAAAGACUUUUACAAUAUUCAUACAAUCUUGAUCUCUAAACGCUUCAAUGGCAGAAGGCAGCGAAGAUUCUUACCUGUACAUGAAAAGCCAUUCAAAGGCUAACAAUGAGUUUGUCCAUGGAGAAGCCGUUUCUGGCAAAUCACCAUCUAGCUGUGUUCCAAAGAAGCCCAGCGCGGAUACUCGAACCAUACCUGCUUCGCCUUCGCAUAAACCUCACCGUCAAAAGAGCAACGUAGUGGCUGGACUUGGUGCCUCUUCUAGUGUCACAAAAUCCGUGGACGCUCCCGCCGUUGGACCACUCAACCAUGAUGAUUGUAUGGCUUUUGACCUUUAUGAGCAAGAUCCCGACAUAGUCUACGGGUCUUCGGAUUACAACCUUCGAAGACAGUCAUCGGACUUCCAGCUCAACUUUGAAGAUAUGAUUGUGUUGCCAAUGAGACUCAAGAAACCAUCCACCGCGAUUGAAUUCGAAACAUCUCCUUUCACUGACAUCGAUGAGUUCGACUACGCAGAUCAGCACGUCUAUUAUAGUCAGCUCAUCACUACUGUUAACUCGAACUCGGCGGUACAUGAAUACGCUGUACGCAAAGGACCUCUUUGGGACUGCGCCUGGGAAAUUCUUGUACCAAAAGGCCUUCAUCCAAGCUAUCUUACAGAGGAUGAAUUUGUAAAGUUGGUGUUAAGUCAAGGCAACGAUACAACCAAGUGGAUGGAUAUCAAUAUUCCAAUUCUACAUAGAAGAGCACUUCAAAAAGCGGGUGCUGCACGUCAGAAGCUUUCCAUGGCGGGUAUUUCCCCUUUCGAGUUAACUCAAGAGUAUUUGGAGUCUUUUGAAUGGAUGGAUAAGAUUGAGCAAGAUAACUUUAUCAAGACUAUGCAGAAGCUCCAGUUGCAGGUCUCUUUUCAGAAACAAGGCAUUUCAAUGAGAAUUGAGGAUAUCGACAAUUUCGCUUCGGAGGAUGAGGAGAAGCUCAUUGGCAAGUCACAUACAAAGCUGGUUGACGGGUCUUGCAUUCAACGAGACUGUUCCUCCGACAUUGACAACUCGUUCAUGGUCGACAAACUUAGUCUUGAAGAAUUUGAGAACCAGUUCUGGAAUGAUGAAAACGAGAAGGCUUCUCCGACAUGCAAGAAGGCUCCUUCUCCGUUCUGCAGCACGCCAGUUUCGCAAACACACCAAUCUCCAACUGCCCCCAACAUUCACGGCGAAGCAGUUUCUAUGGAGUGUCUGAAGAACAUUUUACAUUCUCAGGGUAUUGAGUCUGGACCAUCCUCUUCACUUCUACAAUCUGGUGCAGGCUCCGAGCACUUCAAGAUCAGUCAAGAGACUAAGCAUACCCAUAAAACCGAUAAAGCUUGCAUGAGCCAAUCUCCACUUCCACCACUCGAAGCUGCCAAGAGCCAUCCUUACCAAAGCUCUUUUGUUCUUCCACUAAAGAAUUCUGACUCUCACGUCCUCUUCUCUCUCCAAGAUCCUCCUUCUCUGACUCCUCUCAAAACUACACAACCCGAACCUGGUCGCCUUGAAUCCUCCAGCUACUCAAGUCAUGAUUCUAGUGAUAGCGGCAGUGGCACUCUAAGUUCCAAAUCACAAUCACACAAUUCCGGAGCUAGUUCUGUCGGUGGUGCCCCUCUGACAGGUACUCUUAGUGGUGAUAGUGCCUGCCAAAACCAACAAUCAUGCAAGGCAGAAGGAAGCCGGGCAAAUGGAGCAAGUGAGAAAUUCGCCAGUAUUGGCAAGAAAAUCGAAGGCUCCCCUAAAGCUAUCAAGAAGAAGCUGAGUUCGGUUUUCGGAACGAUCGGAAGAUCUGGGCGAUCAGGCACGCAAUGAGAAGCGACUGCCUGAGUUUCGAAGAUGUUGCUGGUACUAGUUGCCCAUACUGAUGCAUCAUUUAUUACUCAAGGAAAUUUUUUUGGGACGGAAGGGUCGCAUAUUGUGCCCAAGGCAUGCGAGGUGCUCGUUUGAUGGAGAAUCACAAUGAAAGAAACAUGGUUAUGAAGGAGUAUCACAGGGCUCUAUUAUCAACUCAUAUUGCUAGUGUUCGAAUCGAGUAUCGAAGUAUGGUUGGUCAUCAAAUAGCUUGAAGUCAUUACCAGGCUCUCUGAGUCUACGGAGAGAUAAUUGCACAUUCGUUAAAAGUUAGAUUAGUAUAGGACGGAGAGAUAGUCAGAAUUACAAGAGAUCAACCA